AUGAUCGCAGUGUCCAUCCCCGCGGCGGAGCCCCCGGCAGCGGCGCGCAGCCCCGACAGGGCGCACACGGUGUUCCGUGUGGAGGUGCAGUGCGGGGGCCGCCGGCACACGGUGCUGAAGCGCUACAGCGAGUUCCAGGCUCUGCACAAGCAGAUCAAGAAGCUCUGCAAGGUCCCUGCCUUCCCUCCACGCCGCAUCCCCAACUGGAUGCCCAAGGCCCUGGAGCAGCGCCGGCAGGGCCUGGAGCUCUACAUCCGAGGGAUCCUGUACCACAACAAGGAGCUGCCCCAGGAUGUGCUGGACUUCCUGAAGCUGCACUGCUGCCAGCAGGACCCCAAGGCCAGCAGCCCCCCUGCCAGCUGCCUGCCCUCCCAGCGCCCUGUCAUCGGCUUCUGCUCCGAUCCCUACACGCAGGCACCGGGCACGGCGCUGCUCCCGGACACGGUGCUCAGAGGGGUGCUGCAGGGCCUCUACACCCCCGGCCCGGUCGCGCCCCCAGCUGCCGGCCCCCGGCAGCAGGCAGGGCUGCGGUGGUGA